GCUGGAGAUCACACGCCUUAUCUAAUGGGGGCAGUUGCUGCUCAGCUGCAGCCAGUAGACAUGAUGACAAAGCUCCCCAUUUUUCAGAUAUGACAUUGUGCCGUAUUUUAAAACAGAGCCAGGCCUACCGCAGAUUCACCUGGAAGGGAACCGCCUUGUUCUCACUUGCCUUGCUGAAGGGAGCUGGCCUUUGGAAUUCAAGUGGAUGCGCAAUGACAGUGAGCUCACCACCUACACCAGCGAAUAUAAGUAUAUUAUUCCGUCUUUACAGAGGCUCGAUGCUGGGUUUUACCGCUGUGUGGUGCGAAACAGAAGGGGAGCGCUCUUGCAAAGAAGAUCAGAAGUUCAAGUUGCAUAUAUGGGAAAUUUCAUGGAUACAAACCAGAGGAAAACAGUUUCUCAAGGACAUGCAGCAGUUCUCAACUUACUGCCCAUCUCCAGCUGCCCCAGACCUCAAGUGACUUGGUUUAGAGAAGGGCACAAGAUUAUUCCAAGCAACAGAAUCGCCAUCACGCUGGAGAAUCAACUGGUGAUCCUCGCGGCAACAGCAAGUGAUGCAGGGUCUUACUAUGUGCAGGCCGUCAACGAGAGGAACGGAGAGAACAAGACGAGCCCACUCAUUUAUUUGAGCAUCGCAGGAGAUGUUGGCACACCCGAAACCAUGGCCCCCGUCAUUGUGAUUCCUCCGGGCAACAGAAGUGUGGUAGCUGGGUCCAGUGAGGUCACCUUGGAAUGCAUAGCCAAUGCCAGGCCUGUUGAAGAGCUGAGCGUGAACUGGAAGAGAAACGGGGUGAGAAUCACCAGCGGGCUCCACAGCUUUGGGAGACACCUCACCAUCAGCAACCCCACAUCUUCGGACACCGGGAUGUACGUCUGUGAGGCAACGCUGAGAGGGAGCACUUUUGAACCAGCCAGAGCAAAAGCCUUUCUUUCUAUCACGGAGCCUCCAUAUUUUACUGCUGAACCUGAGAGUCGGAUUUUGGUUGAAGUGGAAGAAACUGUGGACAUCGUAUGUCAAGCCAUGGGGGUCCCUCUUCCCACCCUCCAGUGGUACAAGGAUGCCAUCUCCAUCAGCAAACUCCAGAAUCCUCGAUACAAAGUGCUCUCAAGUGGAGGCCUGCGCAUCCAGAAGCUGCAUCCAGAGGACUCUGGAAUCUUCCAGUGCUUUGCCACUAAUGAGGGAGGAGAGAUCCAGACCUACACCUACCUGGACGUUACCAAUGUUGCGCCAGCAUUUACUCAGCUUCCAGUGGAUACCACGGUUACCGAUGGGAUGACAGCCAUUCUGAGGUGUGAGGUGUCUGGGGCUCCCAAACCCGCCAUCAUGUGGAAGAGAGGAAACCACAUUUUGGCCAGUGGCUCUGUGCGGAUUCCCAGGUUCAUGCUUCUUGAGUCUGGGGGUCUACAGAUAACCCCUGUCUUCAUCCAGGAUGCUGGCAACUACACAUGCUAUGCAGCUAACACAGAAGGAUCCCUGAAUGCAUCUGCAGCACUAACUGUGUGGAAUCGAACGUCCAUCGUUAACCCCCCAGAGGACCGCGUGGUGAUUAAGGGGACCACGGCCACGCUGCACUGUGGAGCCACCCAUGACCCCCGGAUUUCCCUCCGCUACGUCUGGAAGAAGGACAGCAUGGUCAUCACCCCAUCUAGCAGUUCCAGAAUUGUGGUGGAGAAGGACGGGUCCCUCCUCAUUAGCCAGACGUGGUCGGGCGACAUCGGAGACUACACCUGCGAAAUUAUCUCUGAAGGAGGGAAUGACUCGAGAAUGGCCCGGCUGGAAGUGAUUGAACUGCCUCAUUCGCCUCAGAACCUCCUGGCCAGCCUGAAUUCUUCCCAUAGUCACACCGUGAUGCUCUCUUGGGUUCGCCCCUUUGAUGGAAACAGCCCAGUUCUUUAUUACAUUGUGGAGCUGUCCGAAAACAACUCUCCAUGGAAAGUGCAUCUGUCAAACGUUGGCCCCGAGAUGACAGGCGUCAUCGUGAGUGGCCUGACUCCGGCUCGCACCUAUCAAUUCAGGGUGUGUGCCGUGAAUCAAGUGGGCAAAGGCCAGUACAGUGCAGAGACAAGCAGGUUGAUAUUACCUGAAGAACCACCCAGUGCUCCCCCGAAAAAUAUAGUGGCCAGUGGGCGUACCAAUCAGUCCAUCAUGGUCCAGUGGCAGCUGCCCCCAGAGACAGAGCACAAUGGGGUGCUGCAUGGCUAUAUCCUCAGGUACCGCCUGGCUGGCCUGCCUGGAGAGUACCAGCAGAGGAACAUCACCAGCCCAGAGGUCAACUACUGCCUGGUGACAGAGCUGAUUAUCUGGACGCAGUAUGAAAUACAGGUGGCAGCUUACAACGGGGCUGGCCUGGGUGUCUUCAGCAGGGCAGUGACCGAGUACACCUUACAAGGAGUGCCUACUGCGCCCCCACAGAACGUGCAGACGGAAGCUGUGAAUUCCACGACAAUUCAGUUCCUGUGGAACCCUCCACCUCAGCAGUUUAUCAAUGGCAUCAACCAGGGAUACAAGCUUCUAGCAUGGCCAGCUGAUGUCCCUGAGGCCAGCACUGUAGUCACCAUUGCUCCAGAUUUCCAUGGAGUCCAUCAUGGGUAUAUAACCAACUUGAAGAAGUUUACUGCUUACUUCACCUCGGUCCUGUGUUUCACCACUCCAGGGGACGGGCCUCCAAGUGCGCCUCAGCUCAUAUGGACUCAUGAAGACAAACCAGGAGCUGUGGGACAUCUGAGUUUCACAGAGAUUCUGGACACAUCUCUCAAGGUCAGCUGGCAGGAGCCCCUGGAGAAAAAUGGCAUCAUUACAGGCUAUCAGAUUUCCUGGGAGGUGUAUGGUAAGAAUGACUCGCGGCUCACACACACUCUGAACAGCACAACGCAUGAGUAUAAAAUCAAAGGAUUGUCCUCUCUCACCACCUACACCAUCGAGGUGGCUGCCAUCACUGCAGUAGGGGCUGGCCUGGCGACAUCAUCCACCAUUUCUUCUGGAGUGCCCCCAGAACUUCCUGGUGCCCCGUCCAAUCUGGUCAUUUCCAACAUCAGCCCUCGCUCAGCCACCCUUCAGUUCCGACCGGGCUACGACGGGAAGACGUCAAUCUCCAGGUGGAUCGUAGAGGGGCAGGUUGGAGCCAUCGGCGACGAGGAGGAGUGGGUCAGCCUCUACGAGGAGGAGAAUGAGCCUAACGCCCAGACACUGGAGAUCCCCAACCUCACACCCUACACUCAUUACAGAUUUCGAAUGAGGCAGAUGAACAUUGUUGGGGCCAGCCCCUUCAGUCAGUCAUCCCGGGUCAUCCAGACGCUACAGGCUCCCCCUGAUGUGGCUCCAACCAGCAUCACCGUCCGAACUGCUAGUGAGACCAGCCUGCGGCUCCGCUGGGUGCCCCUGCCCGACUCCCAGUACAACGGGAACCCCGAGUCGGUGGGCUACAGGAUUAAGUACUGGCGCCCGGACCUCCAGUCUCCAGCUCUGACCCAAGUCAUCAAUGACCGGCUCGAGAGGGAAUUCACCAUUGAGGAGCUGGAGGAGUGGAUGGAGUACGAACUGCAGAUGCAGGCGUUCAAUGCCAUCGGGGCUGGGCCCUGGAGCGAGGUGGUGCGGGGUCGGACACGGGAGUCAGUUCCUUCAGCCGCCCCAGAAAACGUGUCAGCAGAGGCUGUCAGCUCGACCCAGAUUUUACUGACGUGGGCUUCGGUACCCGAGCAAGACCAGAAUGGGCUCAUCCUGGGCUACAAGAUUCUGUUCCGGGCCAAAGAUCUGGAUCCUGAGCCCAGAAGUCACGUCGUGCGAGGGAACCACACGCAGUCGGCGCUCCUGGCGGGGCUGCGGAAGUUCGUGCUAUACGAACUCCAGGUGCUGGCGUUCACCCGCAUCGGGAAUGGGGUGCCCAGCUCGCCCCUCAUCCUCGAGCGGACCAAAGAUGACGCCCCAGGCCCGCCGGUGAGGCUCGUGUUCCCGGAAGUGAGACUCACAUCUGUGCGGAUUGUGUGGCAGCCGCCGGAGGAGCCCAACGGCAUUAUUCUGGGGUACCAGAUUGCCUACCGCCUGUCCAGCAGCAGCCCCAACACCUUCACCACAGUGGAGGUCGGCGCCACGGUGCGGCAGUUCACAGCCACUGAGCUGGCCCCGGAGUCGGCAUACAUCUUCAGGCUGUCCGCCAAGACGAGGCAGGGCUGGGGGGAGCCUCUGGAGGCCACCGUCAUCACCACUGAGAAGAGAGAGCGGCCAGCGCCCCCCAGAGAGCUCCUGGUGCCCCAGGCGGAAGUGACCGCUCGCAGCCUCCGGCUCCAGUGGGUCCCGGGCAGUGACGGGGCCUCCCCCAUCCGGUACUUCACCGUGCAGGUGCGAGAGCUGCCCAGGGGAGAGUGGCAGACCUACUCCUCAUCCAUCAGCCAUGAGGCCACAGCCUGUGAGGUCGAAAGGCUGAGGCCCUUCACCUCCUACAAGCUGCGCCUGAAAGCCACCAAUGACAUCGGGGAUAGCGACUUCAGCGUGGAGACGGAGGCCGUAACCACACUGCAAGAUGUCCCGGGAGAGCCUCCGAGUUUUGUCUCGGUGACGCCGCACACCACUUCCUCUGUCCUGAUCCAGUGGCAGCCUCCAAGGGACGAAAGCCUGAACGGCCUUCUUCAGGGGUACAGGAUCUACUACCGGGAGCUGGAGUAUGAGGCGGCCUCAGCCAUAGAGUCCAAGACGCUCAAAAGCCCCUCAGCUUUACGGGCUGAGCUGACAGCCCAAAGCAGCUUCAAGACCGUGAACAGCAGUUCCACAUUAACGACGUAUGAAUUAACACAUCUGAAGAAGUACCGGCGCUACGAAGUGAUCAUGACGGCCUACAACAUCAUCGGCGAGAGCCCGGCCAGCGCGCCCGUGGAGGUCUUCGUUGGCGAGGCUGCCCCGGCCGUGGCCCCGCAGAACGUCCAGGUGAACCCGCUCACGGCCAGCCAGCUGGAGGUCACGUGGGACCCGCCGCCGCCCGAGAGCCAGAACGGGAACAUCCAGGGCUACAAGGUUUACUACUGGGAGGCAGACAGCCAGAACGAAACGGAGAAAAUGAAGGUGCUGUUCCUGCCAGAGACUGUGGUGAAGCUGAAGAACCUGACCAGCCACACCAAAUACCUGGUCAGCAUAUCGGCCUUCAAUGCUGCUGGAGACGGGCCCAAAAGUGACCCCAGGCAGGGGCGCACCCAUCAGGCCGCUCCUGGGACCCCCAGCUUUCUGGCGUUCUCCGAAAUCACCUCCACCACACUUAACGUUUCCUGGGGUGAGCCAGUGGCAGCCAACGGCAUCCUGCAGGGCUAUCGAGUGGUAUACGAGCCCUUAGCACCUGUGCAAGGGGUGAGUAAGGUGGUGACGGUGGACGUGAAAGGGAACUGGCAGCGCUGGCUAAAGGUGCGGGAUCUCACAAAAGGAGUGACCUAUUUCUUCCGUGUACAAGCGCGGACCAUCACCUACGGGCCCGAGCUACAAGCGAAUGUCACGGCCGGGCCAGCUGAGGGUUCCCCGGGUUCCCCUAGACAUGUCUCGGUCACCAAAUCCGCCUCUGAACUGACCCUGCAGUGGACGGAGGGAGAUGCCGGCAAGACGCCGACCACAGGCUACGUCAUAGAGGCCAGGCCCUCAGAUGAAGGCCUAUGGGACAUGUUUGUGAAGGACAUUCCCCGGAGCGCCACAUCCUACACCGUCAGCCUGGAUAGGCUCAGGCAAGGAGUGACUUACGAGUUCCGGGUGGUGGCCGUGAACCAGGUGGGCUAUGGGGAGCCCAGCAGACCCUCCACAGCCAUAUCAGCUCAAGUGGAAACCCCGUUCUACGAGGAGUGGUGGUUCCUCCUGGUGAUGGCGCUCUCCAGCCUGAUCAUCAUCCUGCUGGUGGUGUUCGUCCUGGUCCUGCAUGGACAGAACAAGAAAUACAAGAACUGCACCACAGGUAAGAGCCUCUCCAACAUGGAGGAGUCGGUGACCCUGGAUAAUGGAGGAUUUGCUGCCUUGGAGCUCAAUAGCCGCCACCUCAAUGUCAAGAACACCUUCUCGAGGAAGAACGGGACCAGGUCCCCGCCGCGGCCGAGCCCUGGUGGGCUGCACUACUCAGACGAGGACAUUUGCAACAAGUACAACGGUGCCGUGCUGACCGAGAGCGUGAACCUCAAGGAGAAGUCGGUGGACGCCUCAGAAUCCGAGGGCACCGACUCCGAGUCCGAGGACGCGCCCCCCCAGCACUCCUUCGUCAAUCACUACAUGAGCGACCCCACCUACUACAACUCGUGGAAGCGCCGGGCGCCGGGCGGGCGCGCGGCCCCGCACAGGUACGAGGCGGUGGCGGGGGCCGAGGCGGGCCCGCACCUGCACACGGUGGUCACCACGCAGAGCGCCGUGUUCGCGCCCGCCGGCCACGGCGCCCGGACUCCGCUCACCGGCUUCUCCUCCUUCGUGUAGCGCCGGCCCGCCCCGCUGCGGAGUCUAUUUUUAAGACAAUCAACUCCAAUAACUGAGCUCCAGUUUUUGUUUAAAAGAAUUCUGAUACGUGAUGAUUUUACCUACUUGUGAACACUAGAUUUAAAUUAGAAAGGUUUUUUUAAUGGCUUUUUGUAACAUCGCUGCAGGAAGCGGGUUUCUUUGUUUUUCUUUUCUUUUUACGAGAAGGUGUAUUUCACUGGUGCAAUGGCGUGGCACCCCGGGGCCUCUGAAGACCUGAGACCUCCCCAGUGCCAGGUUUCUCCGUCCUAACGUCCAACUAGGAAGGCUGGAGGGGGAGGAAGAGCUGGGGGUCAAGGGAGACCCCCACCUGCCUCCAGGCGGCUCCUUCCUCUUCUCUACCUCCUCUGCCUGCGGAGCCCCAGCGGCUCACCUGACUCUCCCUCUG